UUCCCCCCAAACUCUCUUCUCGUUUUCCUUUUCUCAUCGACAACGAAUGUUUUGUUUUGAAUGAAGUAGUGCUUCACAGACCGAGCAAGUACUAUUUAAACUCUGCACGGAACCCUUGAACAUGGAAGGCUAGAGUGGAAGGCAAAAUGAAUGAAUGAGUGCAAAAAAAGCUAGUAAACAUUUUCCUCGCUUUGUGGAAAGUGAGUGGGCAGGAGAGAGAGACAGAGUGCAAAAAAGAAAUUGCAGCAAAAGCUAAAGAUCCCAGCAAUCAAACCACCCUUCUUUCACCCAGCCCAGUCACUCGACGCUUUUCUUCGUCUGAACGUUAUCAGGUCAAUUCGAUCUGUCCGACGGCUGCUGUUGCAGACCAUGUAUUGGUCUGUUUUUCUUAUUUGCAGAUUUUAUCAGAAGGAAAUGAAGUGGAAAAAGUAAGCGGCAAAAGCAAGAAAAGCUAAACAUCCUGUGGCGCACUCGUUUCGCUCGGUACACUGGCGAUCCGAACGGUUCGGGUAAGCCAUGGGUCCAAGCUUUUUUUUCUGUGUGUGUGCGAGGCAGGAAAAGAGGUGAGUGAAUAGAAUAUAGAAGGGGGAAAAACUGGCAGAAGAAUCUCUCCAGUCCGGCGGUAAUGGCGGUGAGAAUGAGAUAGCUCGGCUACCAGAUGGACGCCGUUGGAAGGAAAUUGCAAAAACCAGCGGUACUCUACGGAACCGUAUGGGAUCGUCGAGUCUGGGGCCAUUGGGUUUUAUCCUUUCGCAAGGAUGGUGGUUGCCUUUUUGACGCACGUACGGGACGAGUGGCUGGUUGGUAAACGCGAACGAAAAGGUGUUUUGUUUAUUUUUGCUGUUGAUUUUCGCAACCAAUGGCUUUGGUAAAGCUUUUUUCCGGGAAGCUGUAGCGCACUAACUGAGCGCUUGAACAGAGGUAGAGGUACUGAUGUACAUCAGUUUGGCAAUCGCUCGAGAUCACCUCUGCUUGGUAAACGUUCUGUUGUACAUUGAGGAUGGAUGCAAGGGCCGAAAGAAAGGCUCAAAAGUAAUUGGAAGCAAUGUUGGACAACAUAUUGAAACAGCAACGUUCUGUUAAGCUGUUUUAUAAAUCUAUUCCGGCAGCUUCAUUUGGUGGUACUUUUCAUACAGAAAAAAUAUUCGCAAUUAUCAUUUGAUUAUGUGCAUAGCAGGUUGGAUAGCAGCACGUAGUUUGGAGAGGGGGCAAAACUAAAACCGCUAAAAUGCAUCGAAUGCGAAACUACCGUCCUUCUGUCUUCGCAAUUCGCCUGUCUACCGCCUAAUGAAAGAAACCAUAAAGCGUCUAAUUUUGAAAACGCCUUUAAACGUACAAAUGGCCGUAAUUAAGGGUUACUCGAAGUCGAUACCGCAGCACCACCAUCGCAGGACGUUUGGCGACCGACUUCCUGAGCGACCGCUUUCAUUGCUGCAAAUUCCUUUCAUGGGACUUGGUCAGCAUUUGCCCCGUUGCCCGUACGCUUCCGCUCAUUCUCUGCCACUCCGCGGUCCGCUUGCUUUCUUUUAAUUCCACUUUAAACGACAAAUUAAGCUGUACAGAAAGAAUGCUACAGAUCGGGCGAAUGAUAGGGCGAAGAGAGAGAGAGAGAGAGUGAGUGAGGGUCAUAGAACGGAAGAGGGGAAAGAGCAUUUCUUGUACCGGAAUUUCCACUGUGUCAGCAGUGGGAAGUAAUAACGUUGCAGGUAUUACAGGGAAACCUGAAAUUAUGUGCACAGCGCACAGUCGAACCAAUUCAUGCUAUUUUUUAUUCCUUUCCUAUCCAUUCAGACAUACACUUGCACAUACAUACGCAUAAAGACUGAAUGGCUGAUAGGUAAGCGCUCGGUAUGCACCUUAAUGUGUCUGUGUGUGUCCAUGUGCCCGGGAACCCGAGAAGUAAGGGAUUUAAAUUAAAUUCAAAUAUUUCCCGGCAAUUAAGCACACAGCUCUCUCUCUCUCUCUAUCUCCGUGUCCGGACCCGAAAUUAUCAGCAUUUGUCUACGCUUUCUUUCUUUCCCCUUCUUGUGCCCCUACCGUGCGGCGUGCACUUUGCCGUUCCGUUCGAAAUGUGCACUCGCAGCUCGGUGUUGUGACCCUGCCUGCAUAAUGCGAUUUCCUUUCCUUUUUUUCACGCCUUGCACAAGAAGCGGAGGAGCGGAAAGAAAGGAAGCACCCUUGCAGGUUGUGUGAAUGUGUAUGUGUGUGUUGUGACGUUCUUACCUGGCCUUGCCUUUGCGAGAGAAAUUUAUAGCACCCAUCAACUGUGGGUACGGUAUUUGGCUUUCUGUCCGGCUCUUACCGCACUAUUGUUAGGGGGAGGAAAACAAGGACGCAACAAGCAGUGCAGUAAUGCGAAACAACCUGUGCAGCAGAAGCAGCAGCAGCAGGUUGCCAUGACACCAACACACAAAGAGACGAUUGCAAUAUGGUUGGCAGCACUUAAGCAAACGAGCUCUGUUUGAAGCCGUGUCCUACAGUGUCCGCCUGCUGGCAAGUGUUUCCGGGUGACCAGUUGGCCCUUGGCUCAGACAUUCGGGGUUAUUAGUUCGUCCAGAGUCACCGUGGCAGGAGGUUGGCAGUCAGUCGAGAGCAGCUGCAAAAUUUAUUGACAUUGGCCAGUUGGAGCAAAGUUUUUCUAUUACAAGUGCACACGGAUCGAAGAACAACCCAAAAACAAAACAAAAAACCCUGUACUUCGAACAUCGAAAACCAUCACCACCACCACCAAUAGCCGAACACGAUUCAUUUGAUUAGGUUCAGUUCGGUUAGUUUGGCUUAAUCUUGCCGGGCUGUGGAUGUGCAUAAUGUACGUGCCAGACGGUGUUGGCAGUGCGAAUUAAUCUGUGACUGUUCGCCGUGUGAAGUUGUCUGCCUGCGGUUAAGUACACACUCUGCUCAAGUAGUGUGUCCGGAGUGGAAGGAAGGAAGACACACAGUGAAAAUCACUCUCAAGGGAGUUCGUCGGGACGCUGGACGCGAGGAAAAAACAAGGACCCCCAAACAAUGAGAAAAACAAUGGUAAAACUAUUCAGUCUCCUUCUCGCUGGCGGUGUCCUGCUGGGCGUCACGCUGGCAAACGAAACUAAUAAGCUUCAGUCCCAGCGUGCCGUUCAAUCGGAGCAAUUGCUGAGAAACAAGCGUGGUCUGCUAUCCGCACUCUUUGGCGCUGGAACGGAGCAGACCACGGUACAGCCAGCGGAAGUGCUGCCGAUCUAUGGCGAUCCAGCAAAGCCUCCGCUCCAUAUGCUGUACGGACAUUCAACGGGGCUGCAUGGUGGACCUGCUUACCCACCUUAUCCGGUGAUGUUCCUGCCAGGGCCUCCAGCGGCCGUCGGUGAGCAUAACCCGUACCUUCCUAUGCUGGCCUACGGUGGUGUUGCUUCUGCCCCACUGCAACCUGUAACCGGAGACACUAAUCAUCUUGCAACGCUCGUUGGUUGGCCCGAACCGACAGCAUUUCCACCACUGGCACCUUCCACGGAAGCUCCGAUUAUCGCUGCCCCAGUAACAGAGGAUCCAAAGCAGCAGCAAACCACACCAGUCGAUCAAAGUUUGGCCAAGUCUGCCUAUCUCAUGAAAUUGAACCUAUCACCGGCGGACGAGCGCGAAUUGAAGCGAUUAGCCAAGUUGCUCGGAGUGACCGAUUUCGAGCAUCUGCCACCGUUCGAAGAUGUCAAAGCGCUCCUUGGCACAUCCACGUCAGCCGAAACCAUCAAAGCAAUCAAAGAGUACGCCUCCACGCCGGACGGGCUGGAACUUAUCAAGGACUAUGUGAUGAGCUACCAGCCAGCCAAACGCAUCAGCCUCGGCAAGGAACCGUACGAGGGAAACGAGGUCUCACCGGAAGCAUCGGAUUCUGCCAAGCCAACUGACGGCGCGGGCUCGUCGCUGGGAAGCGGGUUUUUAGCUCAACUGCGCCGACUGAAAUCGUUGCUUACAUUUGGCUACUUUGAUAGUAACAAUGAAACGCCAGCAGAGGCGCCGGUAGAAGACGUUACGCCUGAAGUUCUCAGCGAGGCACCCUUUACACCGAACGAGUAUCCUGGCUUCGAGGUACGCGAUGUGCGUGGAUCCGCUGCACCUGUUCCCGUUGCGCAUUACUUGAUACCGGUGCGUACAUUGCCCCGGCACUCUUCUCCCACCGAGUUGAAAUAUGCAUCGGCACUGCCGUUCCCUUACGCCGUCCAUUACCCAUCAGUUGUGCCACAACUUCAGGACUCGAACCCAUUCGCCAUGCGUACAGAGGUGGAAAGCUUUCAGUACGUUCCCGAAGCGACCAAUCCUCAGCUGUUGGUAAGCCAGCCCAGUGCAGCGAGCGUUACCGUGCCGACCGAUGCUCCGCUUCCCAAACGUGUCGCUCCGCCAACACUGGCCACCGGAGAGGUGCAUUCCUUUGAACGGGCGGAUAUUGAACAACCGGUCCGUACCACCACACCAGCCGAAGGGCAACAGCAGCCUGGGCAAACUUUGAACACUGUAACUAACACCGUUGUAGAGGCAAAUGUAACACCGACCCUGAACAAUGUCGAUGAGCUGGCGCAAGAUACAACUGAUUUCAUCCUAAACGUCCUGGAUACCGAGCAUUCCACGUAACACGAUUUCGGGGGUUGAGAGUGUCAACGAUUGAUGCGUAUUUGCAGUUGGGAGAUUUAUAGCAUAGUUGUCACACUAUUUAAAAGUCUGAAAAGGUACCGUAGCUACAUUAUUGCAUCUGUAUAAACGAACUCAUGAACAUGGACUCUCUGUUAGGAGGUGUGUCAAUUCUUCAAUCGAAUUAUUGAUUCCGUCCCACCAUUAAUUAAUCGUGCACUGUAUGAUUUUAUAUUAAUAAUAAUUCUUUGGCGACAAAUCUGUACGGAAUGGAUUGUAUACUUAUUAAAACAAUUAU